AUGCUGCUCGUGCUGCUUGCCUGUCUCAUGCCUUUCUACGUUCUUGGAGGUGUUAUCCCAAUCUCACCUUCAUCAGGCAUUGGCGUGAAGAUAUUGAAGCUUGGACCAUCUUUUAUUCCGUAUCACAAUAAUCUUAAUAGUUGGCUUCAGGUUGCUGUUAAACCAGGGAUUGAAGAGCUCACCCUUAGGCGCUUUAGCUACCUGAAAAUUUUUGGAUGCUGGAGGCUGAAAUUGAUAGAGAGCAAAGCUCCGAAUCUCUCCACUUUAAACUUCUUCGGAAAGGCAAAACUAUCACUUGGAGAAGCUUUGCAAAUGAAGACAUUAAGCAUGUCGCAUUCAGAUGUUGUCUGUUAUGCUCGUACUGAGCUGCCGUCCAUUAUGCCAAAUCUUGGUGCUCUUACAUUAAGUUCCUGUGACGAGGUGGUCAAUACACCAAUGCUGCCUACCAAAUUCCUCUGCCUCAAGCACUUGACCAUUUGUUUGGGAUCAAGACACUCCCCAUAUGACUAUUUUUCUCUGGUUUCCUUCCUUGAAGCAUCUCCUUCCUUGGAGACUUUGAGCUUGGAUGUGUGGAAGAAACCUAUGAACCACGAAACUGUCUUUGGACAUUCCCCACAUUUGAGGCAGAUGACUGAAGAUCAGCAUUGCUAUCUCAAGAAUGUGAAGAUCAUGGGGUUUAGCUCUGCGAAGGGCUUGGUUGAGCUGACCUGUUAUAUCCUCAAGAACGCAGUAUCACUCGAGUGUCUUACAUUGGACACCAAUUAUGGUUGUACUAGCAGGUGUUCUGACAGCGAAUCUGGACGAUAA